AUGGCUGGAGACGAGCGCCCUCGGGUUCUCCUGUUUGAUAUUGGCGGAGUUUGUGUGUGCUCGCCAUUCCAAGCGAUUCUAGACUACGAACUCGCAAACAACAUCCCACCAGGAUGGGUGAACUUCAGCAUCUCACGGACUGCGCCCAAUGGCAGUUGGCAUAAGCUGGAGCGAGGCGAGAUCAAGAUGGAUGCAGAUUUCUUUUCAGCCUUCAGCCAGGAUCUCCGGAGGCCAGAGCUCUGGAAGGAAUUCCACGAGCGUCUUCGCAGAAAACAGAAUCCCCCGAAGACAUCAGAAUCUCUUCCUCCCGUGCCUGAGGUCGACGGGGAAUCACUCUUUUGGGAGAUGAUGCGAGUGUCUCGCGAACCAGAUCCACACAUGUUUCCUGCGCUGAAGAAGCUCAGAGCUUCGGGCCAAUUCCUGAUCGGUGCACUAUCAAAUACGGCAAUCUUUCCCGAAGGACAUCCUUACAACGAGGAUGCAUCUGGAGUCAGAUCACAGUUCGACUUCUUCAUUUCUUCCGCACAUGUUGGCCUAAGAAAGCCAGACCCUAGGAUAUAUGAGCUCGCGCUGAAGACGAUAAAGGAACACUCAACCAGCCGAGGAGUGACAGAUAUCCGCCCUUCCGAUGUCCUCUUUCUCGAUGACAUUGGAGAAAAUCUGAAGGCGGCGAAGAAGGCGGGGAUGAGAACGUUGAAAGUAAACCUCGGCAGGACACAGGACGCGGUCAAGGAACUGGAACAGAUAACUGGCAUCCCAUUGCUGGAGAGCCAAGAUAGACCUAAAUUGUAG